UUCUUCACCCAGUGAGAGUUUCAGAGAAGUGACCUAGAUUGUGGAAUCCUUAUCGAGAAAUGAAGGAUUGAAGUUAAACAUUGGAAAUCAUAGAUGCAAUGAAGAUGGAUUCAGUUUUACCGCAGAGAAUGAUAACCUUGGAUUUCUAUGGCGUUUUGUUUCUGCUGCUACAGAUCGUGGCAUGUUUUAGUCGUUUACUCAUAUAUGCGUCUGCAAAAUCUGAUGGAGUUUGUGUUUCUCCUGGUGGUCGCUUUCCCCCAUAUUCUAUCCAAGGGAAACCUCCACGAAGAGUAAGCAAGGGACCCAAUGAUUUGACUCUUUGUAGGGUGUUCCGCAAAAAGACAUGCUGUGAUGUUACCCAGACUCAUCCUGCUUUGCUGUCAAUUAGGAGGUUGGCUUCAACAGGAGAGGCAACUGAUGAAUGCUUGCAUUUGUGGGAGCUACUAGAAUGUUCUAUUUGUGACCCACAUGUUGGUGUACAAGCUGGUUCUCCUAUCGUCUGCGCCUCUCUUUGUGAUAGAAUUUAUGGUGCUUGCUCUAAUGCCUACUUUGCUAUGGAUGCAAAGAAUCAGGUCCUAGCUCCGUGUGGAAUGAGCGACACCGUCUGUGGUAGAGCCUCUGAAUGGGUCUCAAACGGCACUGAGCUCUGCAAGGCUUCUGGAUUUUCUGUGAAGCCAUCUAAUGAUUUUAAAGAAACAUUUUGCUACGGUGGCAAAACUAGUCUAGAAUCUGUUGUGGAUUCGUGGAGGAGUUCACAAUCUGGUGUUCCACGAAACGCUGAGAGUUCCGGGGUAGUCAAUGAUUUUCAGCAUUGGUUGAGAAAAAUGCCAAUUAACGAACAAGUGUCAUGGGCAGUAGGUGGAUUGGUUCUUACAGCAGGGCUUCUCUUUGUAAGUAAAAGAAAGAGUCACAAUCAGCGCCAACAAGCGGCUAUACAACGUAGCGCAAGAAAGGUAGGGGGGAAAACAAGCCCAAGGUACCCUGCUACUCAAGCAAACAGAAAAUGACACAUUGUAGAUGAAGGAAAGGUUUGAUUGAUAGUCUUUGUAAUAUCAGUCAGUUGUAGGUUCACAAUCUUUCUUGUGCUUAUUAUAAUUAUAUGGACAUUCGAGUUUGUCUAGUGUUGAUGAUGGAAAAGAAUGUACUAGUUUUUUUUUUUGUU